UUUUCAAACUGGACAAUGAGGGAACCGGGUUGGAUGCGUUUCACACAAACGGACCAAUCAGGAAGCUUCGUAGCAGAAUUUAAAGGUCUGUGCGGCUUUGGUGGUGCAGUACAACUUUUGCUGGAGGAGCAGGAACCACUUCACAAAACUCAAAUUUGCACUUUUGCUGGGCGUCACUGGUCUGAAAAAGCAAAAUGUCUGAGAACAGCGCUCGUCUGAACCGGUUCAAGAACAAAGGCAAAGAUGCCACCGAGCUGCGACGCAGAAGGGUGGAGGUGAACGUCGAGCUGCGAAAGGCCAAGAAGGACGAUCAGAUGUUCAAGCGGAGAAACGUGGCGACGUUUCCUGACGAGGCGACGUCUCCCCUGCAGGAGAGAACCCAGAACUGUCAGACUGUGCGGCAGUGGACAGUGGAGGAGAUCGUUGCAGGCGUGAACAGCGGGGUCACGGAGUCUCAGCUGCAGGCGACACAAGCUGCACGGAAACUGUUGUCCCGUGACAAACACCCUCCCAUUGACCAGAUGAUCAGCGCCGGCCUCAUCCCCAAGCUCGUCGCCUUUCUGGGGCACACGGACUGUCCUCCCAUGCAGUUCGAAGCUUCCUGGGCUCUGACCAACAUCGCGUCUGGGACGUCUGACCAGACGGUGGCGGUCGUGUCCGGUGGGGCUGUUCCUGCCUUCAUCAGCCUGGUCACGUCGCCCCACCAGCACAUCAGUGAGCAAGCUGUCUGGGCCCUCGGAAACAUUGCCGGUGACGGAUCUGCUCUCAGAGACCUGGUCAUCAAGCACGGAGCUGUGGCCCCUCUGCUCAGCCUGCUGGCAGUGCCGGACCUCUCCGUUCUCACUCCCGGCUAUGUGAGGAACGUGACAUGGACGCUGUCGAACCUCUGUCGCAACAAGAACCCGUCCCCUCCCAUGAGUGCCAUCCAACAGAUCCUGCCUACUCUCAUGCGCCUGCUGCACCACGAUGACCUGGAGGUGCUGGCUGACGCCUGCUGGGCCAUCUCAUACCUGACUGAUGGAGCCAAUGAUCGCAUUGAGGUGGUGGUGCAGACUGGGGUGAUUCCUCGCCUGGUGAAGCUGCUCAGCUUUGACGAGCUCUCUGUUAUUACGCCUGCUCUGCGCUCCAUCGGCAACAUCGUCACGGGGACGGACGAGCAGACGCAGGCUGUUCUGGAUGCUGACGCCCUGGCCAUGUUCCCCCGCCUGCUGCGCCACAAAAAAGCCAACAUUCAGAAGGAGGCGGCCUGGACUCUGUCCAACAUCACUGCCGGCAAAGACUCCCAAAUCCAGGAGGUCAUCAACGCAGGCAUAGUCCCGUACAUGGUGGACACACUGGUGCGGGGAGACUACAAGACUCAAAAAGAGGCUGUGUGGGCUGUGACCAACUACACCAGCGGGGGCAAUGUUCAGCAGGUGAUUCACCUUGUUCAGGCCAACGUGCUGGAGCCGCUCCUGAACCUCCUGUCCACCAAGGACAGUAAGACUAUCCUGGUCAUCCUGGAUGCCAUCACCAACAUCUUCAUGGCUGGGGAUAAAAUUGGCGAGUCAGACAAGCUAAGUCUAAUGAUUGAAGAAUUUGGUGGCUUGGACAAGAUUGAGGCUCUGCAGUCCCACGAGAAUGAGAUGGUCUACAAAGCAGCCCUCCACCUGAUUGAGAAAUACUUCUCUGAGGAGGAGGAGGUUGUGCAGAGCGUUGUCCCUGAUGCCACUACGGAUGGAUAUGCCUUCCAGGUCUCUGAGAACCAGAGCACUUUCAACUUCUAAGUGAUGCCUCACGUCUCUCCUCCACUGUACUGUACUUGUUUGUCUGUUGUUUAUGUGCUGGUGAAGUUCAGCUGUACUUGUUGUACAUACUGUUUUAACAGACUGUAAAUAAAGUUACUGGGUCAAUUGUUCA